AUGACAGACUAUGGUAACUUUGGAAAUUAUGGAGGCAACUAUGGUGAUGGAGGAUUUACAAAUACUGGAUAUUCACAAGGAGGCGGAUUUCAAGAAAAUGGUGAAAAUGGAAGUUCACAACUGAAUAAAUUACCAACACGUUCAAGUAUAACGCCAUUAACAAUCAAACAAAUCAAUGACUCUACUCAACCACAACCAGAUGGAGAAUUCCAAGUGAAUAAUGUCAGUGUAAAUAUGGUAACUUUUGUAGGUGUAUUGAGAAAAGUUAUUGGAAAUCAAACAUCAAUUUUACUUACAUUUGAAGAUGGUACUGGAUCACUUGAAAUCAGAAAAUGGAUUGAUGAAAAUACAACCUGUGAUAUAGAACUUGAAAAACAUAAUGAGUUUAAAGAUAAAUAUGUUAGUGUUUCGGGAUCUUUGAAAUUAUAUAAUAAUAAUAAAUCUGUAUCAAAUGCAUUGAUUAGACCAAUUGAAGAUAGUAAUCAAAUCAUAUAUCAUUAUUUAAAUGCCAUCUAUAUUCAUUUGCAAAGUCAAGGAGUAAAUUUAGCGUCAUCAGCAGUUAAAGGUGAAAACUCAAAUAACAAUGGUGUUGGUAACGGCAACGAUAAUGGUCAAAUGUUUGUUGGAGAUAAUAUGCCAAUGACUGAAAGAAUUUUAGAAUUUAUUAAAGAUCAAAGUAAAUCCAUGCAAGAAGGUGUGAAUAUAGAAUAUAUUUGUAGAAAAUUGGAAAUUCCUCCUAAUGAUGGUAAAAGAUAUUGUAACGAAUUAAUUGAAGAUGGAAAAAUUUAUGCAGGUUUUAAUGAAGAAGCUUAUUUAGCUAUUUGA